CUGGUAGUCUGUGAGGGGCAGUAGUAGCAACCAUGCCUGACCCCGCCAAGUCCGCCCCAGCCCCCAAAAAGGGGUCGAAGAAGGCGGUGACCAAAGCGCAGAAGAAGGACGGGAAGAAGCGCAAGCGGAGCCGCAAGGAGAGCUACUCCAUCUACGUGUACAAGGUGCUGAAGCAGGUCCACCCCGACACGGGCAUCUCGUCCAAGGCCAUGGGCAUCAUGAACUCGUUCGUCAACGACAUCUUCGAGCGCAUCGCCGGCGAGGCUUCCCGCCUGGCGCACUACAACAAGCGCUCCACCAUCACGUCCCGGGAGAUCCAGACGGCCGUGCGCCUGCUGCUGCCCGGGGAGCUGGCCAAGCACGCCGUGUCCGAGGGCACCAAGGCCGUCACCAAGUACACCAGCUCCAAGUAAGCUGCCCCUGAGGCUUCUCGCUCAACGAACCCAAAGGCUCUUUUCAGAGCCACCCACUCGCUCGC